AUGAACUUGAUCGAUUCUAAUGCCAUUGUACUAAUCUAUACAGAUGCACCACCACAUCAUCCGAAAACUGGAGGAUCUAAUUGGGCGCAAGAAGAAAAAAAUGUUAAAGAAAAAGAUUGGGUUCAAUUAUGUCAACUAUAUCAAGAAACGGGAUGUAAAGUAUUUUCAAUGAUUAAUGAUGCAUCAUUUGAAACAUCAUCAUUUUACAUUCUCUUGAGUCAAUAUACACGAGGAAAAACACUAUAUCUCAAGAAAACCGAUAUAAAAACUAUUUCAAAAUGUACUAUUAAUUUAUUCUUAAGCAGAAGGCUCAAAUUUUCAUUACGUCCAGCUGCAAUUGUGGGUAUGAUAUGUGUCUUAUCAAAGAAUGGUAUUUUACACGAACGAGCAAGACAUUUUUUAACUCGUAUCAAAGAUCAAUGGCUUGAUUUAGAGCUUCCGGAGAAUUGUACUUAUGCAUUUAGUAAACUUUGUGUUAAAUUACCAGAAUUUUUUACUGAAAAUGAAAACUUGUUCUUUCAAAAAUUGUAUACGAUAGGGGGAUUAAAAAUCAAUGCUGCUACAUGUGUUAACAUUGAACAACCAUUUAUUCCAAGUGUUAAAGAAAUUUAUCAUGAUGCAAAAAUUCAAUGUAAAACCUGUCAUUUUCUACGAUCGACAACAUUAUUUCCUGAUGUAGGCACCAGUUGUUGUGCAUUAUGUUUACCACAACAUAAUCUUAAAGAUAUACCUGAACCAUGUACUGGAUAUUCAUCACCGAAAUGUUAUUACUGUCGUGAUUUAUUUAGAGAAGCACCAUAUCGUCGUUGUGCUAGAUUUCAGAAUAAAUAUAUACACUAUGAUUCGACUGAAUCGGCACCAAAUCAUGGUAAAGAAUAUACAUUUCUUUGUGCUGAAUGUCAACAUUCUAUCACAAAUAAGGUUACAGUCGAUAUUCCAGUUUCGAUUGAUACAUUAAUUAAUGAGAACAAAGUACAACUAUUCAAAUAUUUAAAUAUCAAGGUUAAAGAUGAUAUUGAUAUUUUGUCUACAGCAUGGUCACUUUUUAAAUCAAAAGAUAAAGUUGAAUUCGGAAAGACAGAAGAUAUCAACUUAGUAUCAUUCUCAUCUUCAAUCAUGCCAUUAGUUCAUAGGAAUAAAUCAAUAUUAAAUUCUACGGCAGUUUUCAAUCAGAUUCAGACAUGGAUACAAAGUGGCAAAUCCGAAUGGGUCACUUGUUAUAUCUGUUGUGAUGAUUUUCCACGUAAUAAAAUCAAUGAUACAUGUGGUAAUAAAUUAUGUCAUGCUGAAGCAUGUACUGAAUGUUUAAUGAAAUGGUAUCAAGCUGUUCAACCUGGUAGUAUUGUGUUAACGGCACAUCUAUUAUGUCCAUUCUGUAAACAUGUUCCUAAUGGAAAAAUUCUCAAAAAAUAUAACAAACAAGUAUGUACUAUAUUAAGAUCAGACAAGAAAGAUGAUAUUGAUGAACAUUGGUAUUAUGGUUGGCGUGUAGAUUGUUAUAAAGUUAAGAAAGCACGAGAAAAAAGUUGCAUGGAAGAUGGUAAUAUUCCUUUGCUCACAGAUUUUGUUUGUGAUGAAUGUGACGAAAUUCGCAGAAUGCCUAAAAAUAUCACUGUCAAAUAUUGUCCGGGCAUCAAUGAAAGAACAAAACAAAUCUGUGGCAUAGCAAUAAAUAAAAAUGGUGGUUGUAAUCAUAUCACAUGUACUGCAUGUGAUGCUCAUUGGUGUUGGCUAUGUGUUAAAACAUAUGGAGAUCGUAUAUAUGAACAUUUGACAGCCGUACACGGUAAUUAUGGCAUGGAAGACGACGUUGAUUAUGACGAUUAUUAG